GGCAACAAACAUGCCGUGAUUAAUGUCCUAAGCUUGAGUGACAUCAUGCUCAUGGACUUGGAUUCAUCCAAUAAAACUAAAGUCCAAGGUAAAACAUUGCAGCCAUACAUACCCUAUCCGCUUAAAAAUGGCGACAUGGUUCAGUUUGGGGCUAUAUUCGGCAUGUUUAGGCUGCUUCAAGAUGACAAUGACUUGCCGAUGACACAGGCAAUAGACCUGCCAUGUACCCCGGCACCCGUACCUAAACAGAUGUCUAGGUUAGGCGCUCCAGUGUUGGUGCCAGAAUCACCUGAAGUCAGUGAUAUGGAUGACUCCUUUAUAAUGUCAUCACAACCCAAAAAAUCAUCUGAGUUUAAGAGCCCCAUGAACAAAUUUAUAAAACCGUCUAAUAAAACUGUGGCUAUCCAACCUAUGGGCAGUAAAACUAUAGACAAUGCUUACUGGGCAUCCGCCAGAAAAUCAGACUCAUUUAAUUUCCAAUUAGAUGAUUCUGGAAGCUCUUUUAAUGACUCCACAGCUUCAAACAAAUCAAAUAAAAUUAUUGAAGAGAGCAAUGAUAAUAUCCAUGAAAUGGAUACGCAACAACCUGUCCAAGCAAAUGAUAGUACAGACUCUAUUUACACUGCGAACACGCAAGUAGCUCCGCCUUCCAUACAUUGUAUGGAAACGCAGCCACCUGUCUUGGACAUUCACAUGCAAGAGACACAGCAAGCUCCUGACAUCCACGCUCUAGACACGCAGGUUGUACCUGACACUAUACACAAUUGUGACACACAGGCUCCAAUACCAGAUAAAUUACCUGAAGUAUGCAAAAUAGAUGACCAAGAAGAUUUAAAAGUCGAUUUAAUAUCAGCAAAUAAAGAAAACGUGAAUAGUUCGGACAAUAUAUUCAAUGCAGAAACACAAGCUUUUGUUGUAGAAAAGCAACCAGUUAUGGUUGAACAGAAAUCUGAGAGUAUUAACAAAAGUGUUGAAAAAUCAUCUAAAAAUAAAGAUGACUCUGAUGAAGAAAUCGCGUUUGAAGAAUUGAAUACACAAUCAUUUCAUGACUGUUUUGAGUCCCAGCCGAUUACUGGCAACAUAUCCCCACCGAUAGAAAGGAUAGAAAAGAUUGAAGUAAGCUUGAAUAAAAUCAGACGAGAGUCCGGCAGUUCAACUGAUUGUGAAGAUAUGGAUAUCUUGCCAAAUCAGAAAUUGUCAACUGAUAUUGACAUGUUACCAACCCAAAAAAUUAUAGCUGACUCAAAUACUGAAAAUAUAAAUAGUGACCUUGGUGUUCUGCCAACUCAAAAACUUGUUGAGGAUAUAAAAAUGCUGCCGACUCAAAAAAUUGUUAGCAAUGUUGAUGAGGACCUCACAGAUUGUGAAGAUGAAGACGACAUCGUGAAAAAGGAAGUUAAAGGAGCAAAUGCUAGCGGGAGCCCGGAAAUAGAUUUUGAAGAUAUGGCUACACAAAUAAUCGGGGAUGACGUAAUAGAAGCAGAGAUAAAUAAAACGAAAGACCAAACUGAUGGUCCUAGUAAAGGACUCAGUUUUGAAGAGUUGCCCACGCAAAUAAUAACAGAUGACUCAAAGGAAGAAAAUUUUGAAGAACUGCCAACUCAAAUUAUUACUGACGAAGCAGAAAUUGAAAAACCUAAUGAGGAGGUUUAUUCUGAAGAAAUGAUUAGUCCUUUUAAAGUUCCUUUCCGAACUCCUUUAAAAUCUAAGAAAACUCCCACGAAAGCGCCAACUCCGAAAGUUGUUGUAGCGAAUGCCGACGACGAUGAUGAUCCUAACUAUUACGCAGCCACGCAGGAUUUAUUUAAUGAUCUCUGCACCCAAGGAGAACCCUCAACGGACUCCAUUAAACCAAAUUCAUCAAAUCAGAAAGAAAAAGGUGAUGAUGAAUUGGUGCCUUGUUCUGUAGAAGGGUAUGAAAUGGGCGAUAGAUUUAGGCACAUUGAAAGUGAAGUUUCGCCACUCAAAAAAUCUGACAGUGGAGGUAGUGAUUCUAAAAUUAAUAUAUCUCUCAACGAAAAAUCAAUUUCAAAUGUUGUACUUAAAACACCCCAAACUCUUAAAAUAAUGAAUAUUGAUCUUCCGGAUAGCCAGGAAAUAAAAACUAGUGUAACUUUAAAGCAUAAUUCUAUUACAGAGUCUUCCAGUGACACUGAAACGGACGAAGUUUCUGAUCAAGACUCGGGAAUCACUUUUGGGAAGAAGCGGAAAGCCAAAGUAAAUGCUAAACGGGAUCUUUCUAAAAAACUCGAAGAACUGCCUUCUAGAGUUAUCACGCGAGUUCGUAAGCCUACACUUAAAGUUCGAGAAUCUGACGAAAUAAAUAGAAACAGCAAAAGUAUUCUAAAGAGUAUUGUUAUAGUUGAUAGCGAUGAUAAUAUUGAUGCAGAUAUUGUAAGUGAAAAUAUAUCACGUUUAAAGAACAAAACUGAGAAAAAGAAAGGGAAAGAAAAGGAAGAUGAGCAGUCUAAACGAUUAUCAGACGAGCCAGCAAAAAGGCCACAUUCACGGAAUGAAAAUAAGAAAAAGGACAAACCAAUUGAAGAGUUAAGUGACAGUAAAGGUAGAAAGUCUAGUACAGAAUCGCCGAAGAAUUUGAAAAGACCAGCGGUGAAUGAGUUGGAAGUACCAAGUCCAAAAAGAACGAGGUCUUUGCCAAAUUCUAAGGAAUGUACGGCUAGUACAUCAGUACAAUCGACGCCGUUAAGAGACGUAAUGUCGUGCACGGUCCUAGUGACGCUUCAGAUAAAGAGAACAUUCAAGUUGCUGUGCGCGGUCGGUCUUGGGAGGCCUAUCGUCGGCCCUGAGUGGGUUCAAGCCUGUGCCGACACUAACACCAUCGUUGACCCAUGGCAGUUCCUAAUAAAGGACUCGCAAGCGGAGAGGAGGUUCCAGUUCAGUCUAGAAAAGACUUUAAAGAGCAGAAGGAACUUCCUUGAAGGAUACCAUCUAUCUGCCACGCCGAGCGUUUUACCAACGGCGCAAGAGAUGAAACUGAUAGUGGAAUGCUCCGGCGGCGUGUGGCAGGCCUCCGCGCCGCACUGGGUCUGCGUGACGUCGGCGGCCGACAAGGCGCUGUGGCCGGCGCUGCGCCGGCGCGGCGCGACCCUGGUGUCCACGGAGUUCAUCCUCGGCGGCGUGCUGAGGCAACGGGCUGAUAUAGACGACACGGCUUUUGGAAACCCUCCCAGUACAGCCAAGAAAGCCCCUGAAGCCGCGAUACAACCUGCCGCAGCCAAGAAGCCGGCAGGCGACUUCAUAUGCCCCGAAUGCGGUCGACGAUGCCUAUCGAGGAUAGGACUAGCGUUGCACGCAAGGUCACACACGAAAACCUAAACAUUUACCACGUUUUUUUUACUGUAACUUUGGAAACCUAAGUAAGUGAAUUGCCAGCAAAGAGGAUCGAGUAUU